GGUUCCGGUGGUAUCACGGACCAUCACGGACCGCGCCCACCCCUAAUUUAAUCCCUAAUUUAAUGACUCCCAAACACUUUAACCACGGAAGAUCUCAUGUUUAUUUCUUCUUAACAUUUCAUAAUAAUCCAUCUCACCCUUUAAUCUUGAAAUGGAUUCUUCAAACCUUUCAUCCCUUCCGGAAGAACCCUUUGAGGGAAUCCAGAAUUACGAUGCAACUGCAGGCAACGAAGCCGCUUCCGCUUUCUCUUCCGUUCCUGCUCGCCCUCCCACUCAGCCGUCUUCUUCACAAAAAUUUGAGCCUUUAGACUGGUCUGACUACUUUGACAGUGAGGAUGAUUUACAAAUCUCAGACUCUAAUGAUGUCUUUCACGUUUACUUGGCAGGGACUGGAGGACCGGUUGUUUUCUGCUUACACGGUGGUGGUUAUUCUGGACUAUCGUUUGCAUUGGCUGCAAGACAAAUGAAGGAGAAAUGUACCGUAGUUGCCAUGGACUUGAGGGGACAUGGGAAGUCAUUCACAGAGAAUGAAUUGGAUUUGUCUAUUGAGACCUUAUGUAGUGAUGUAGUGGCCGUAUGUAGAAAGAUGUAUGGAGAUUCUCCACCUGCAAUUGUGCUGGUUGGCCACAGCAUGGGAGGUGCCGUUGCAGUUCAUGUUGCUGCAAAGAAAGCACUAUCUAGUUUGGCUGGGCUGGUUGUUGUGGAUGUUGUUGAGGGUACAGCAAUGGCCUCGUUGAUUCAUAUGCAGAAGAUCUUAUCAAACAGAAUGCAACAUUUCUCCACCCUUAAAAAAGCGAUUGAAUGGAGUGUGAAAGGCGGCACUUUAAGAAAUAUCGACUCUGCACGUGUAUCAAUACCUAGCACAUUGAUAUAUGAUGAUUCAAAGAAUUGUUACACACAUCGUGCAAGACUAGAAGAAACUGAACAAUACUGGAAGGGCUGGUACGAAGGGCUCUCAGAGUUGUUUUUGUCAAGUCCAGUACCCAAACUAUUGCUUUUAGCUGGGACAGACAGGUUGGACAGAUCUCUUACAAUUGGUCAAAUGCAAGGAAAAUUUCAAAUGGUGGUUGUCCGACAUACUGGCCAUACUAUACAGGUCCAAACACUUUUUUUCUUAUGGUGAUUUCUCAUCGCUGGGUAUUCUGAAAUUGAAGAUCUAACUUAUACUGAAUCCUGCUGGAAGACGCACCUAAUGAAUUUGCUGACUUAAUACUGAAUUUUAUUUCUCGCAAUCGGAUCAGCCGGUAUGGAGUUGAGAUACCUGGCAUUGGCAGCUGGUCGAAACCAAAACCUUGAAACCGCAAAAAACCAUUAACGAUUAACCUAAAGGUAAGAGACCACUGGUGUGUUACUGGGGGGGGGGGNACAUUUCAUGAUAUUAGGAAUAUCUCAAGUCUCCCCCACCCUUUUUUUGUAAAUAGAGGACUUUUCCAUUU